UAUCGCCCCUUCCUGAACACCGUUACCUCAGUAUAGCGCUCUUCCCAAAUUCGGUGUGAUACAGGGACGACUUUGUUGUUCGCCUGUCACCUGCCGACUCUGGUCCUGCGCGGGCUUUUGACUGAUACAGCACGGCUCCGUUUAUCAUCAGCUGGGAGAGGAGAGAGGGAGAUAAUCAGCAUGAGCGGUGGGGUGUACGGUGGAGAUGAGGUGGGAGCUCUGGUGUUUGACAUUGGGUCCUUCUCCACCAGGGCAGGUUAUGCAGGGGAGGACUGCCCCAAAGCUGACUUCCCCACCUCAAUGGGCGUCCAGGUGGCGGAGGAGGGCCCAGGUGAGGGGGAGGAGGCGGGGCAAGACAGCUCACCUGGCCGCAGCUUUUACCUGGACACGCCUGCUCUGCACGUCCCCAGGGCUGGGGUGGAGCUGCUCUCGCCACUCAAGAACGGCAUGAUCGAGGACUGGGAGGCGUUCCAGGCCAUAGUGGACCAUGUCUACAGCAAAUACAUCAAAUCGGAACCCAACCUGCACCCUGUACUCAUGUCCGAGGCCCCUUGGAACUCGCGUGUCAAGAGGGAGAAGUUGACAGAGUUGAUGUUUGAGCACUACAACAUACCAGCCUUCUUCCUCUGCAAGACGGCCGUCCUCACAGCCUUUGCCAAUGGACGUGCCACAGGACUGGUGAUUGACAGCGGGGCAACGCACACCACGGCCAUACCAGUGCAUGAUGGGUAUGUUCUGCAGCAAGGCAUUGUAAAGUCCCCCCUGGCUGGAGACUUCAUCACCAUGCAGUGCAGAGAACUCUUCCAGGAGAUGAGCAUCGAGAUCACUCCACCAUACAUGAUCGCAUCCAAGGAGCCAGUCAGAGAGGGUUCCCCCCCUAACUGGACCAAGAAAGAUAAGCUGCCUCCUGUCUCCAAGUCCUGGCACACCUACAUGUGCAACGAGGUGAUCCAAGACUUCCAGGCAUCUGUUCUGCAGGUGUCCGACUCCCCCUACGAUGAGCAGGUAGCAGCUCAGAUGCCAACGCUCCACUACGAGAUGCCCAGUGGCUACACCACCGACUACGGAGCCGAGCGCCUACGCAUACCAGAAGGCCUCUUCGACCCCUCCAACGUCAAGGGUCUUUCAGGGAACACCAUGCUGGGUGUGGGCCAUGUGGUCACUACCAGUAUCGGCAUGUGUGACAUCGACAUCCGCCCCGGUCUGUAUGGCAGUGUGGUGGUAACCGGGGGCAACACCCUACUGCAGGGAUUCACAGAGAGGCUCAACCGAGAACUGUCUCAGAAGGCCCCACCGAGUAUGAGGUUGAAGCUGAUUGCCAGUAACAGCUCAAUAGAGCGCCGCUUCAGCUCCUGGAUAGGAGGCUCCAUACUGGCCUCACUGGGUACGUUCCAGCAGAUGUGGAUCUCUAAGCAGGAGUACGACGAAGGAGGCAAGCAGACCGUGGAAAGAAAAUGUCCUUAAAUGCAUCAAGCAACACACACACACACACACACACGCACACACACACACACACACACACACACACACACACACACACACACACACACACACACACACACACA